GUCCUCAUCAAGGAGCCGGGGAAAAGUCUGGACGCAGACAAGAUAUUCAACCUGUUGCCCGUCUCAAAAGUCUCCAAUAUUCCAUAUCUGGUUGAAGAUUCCAUCAAAUGUUUGCCCGUGAGACCGAGAAGAUCCGUCUUGCCGAGAAGAUCCGUCUUGCCGUUCCUCGAUGUGCAGACAGAGGACGCUCAUACGACUUUCGCGAAUGUGGGGAUGAAGAUGGCAACAAACUUGCUAAUCCGAGUGCCUUCGUGCCUCAAGUACAAAGGAAGAGAAUUCCACCAAGGCCAUCACUAUGGUAUUAGUUACAGGUAUCACGCUGUUCCCAGCGUAGCCAGAAUGGAAACACAAACUGGUGCUGCAGGUCGCUUAGGUUCCCCACCUGAUAAUUCACCAAUAGAGACGGUCCGCACUUUCUUCCCUGAGACCUGGAUAUGGGACCUGGUGGAAGUGGGAGGCUCUGGAAUGAAGGACGUGUCCCUCACCGUCCCAGACACCAUCACCACCUGGGAGACGGAGGCCUUCUGUCUGUCCCCUCAGGGUUUCGGCUUGGCCCCCCGUAAAGAGAUCACCGUCUUCCAGCCCUUCUUCCUGGAGCUCAGCCUGCCCUACUCCAUCAUCCGGGGGGAGCACUUUGAACUGAAGGCGACCAUCUUCAACUAC